AGAGAUUACUAAGAAAGCACGGACACAGGAUUACGUUGCAGGCCAUCAGCACUGCAUUAAGGACAACUGAACCUUAUCCAAGUGUACAAGGUCCGAGACAAUGAACCGGUCAGAGCUGAUCGAACCAGUCCCCGCUGUUAACAGCAGCCUUAGCAAUCACUUCAGUGUGUCCCUAAACCACUCCUGCCCCCUAGGCUGGGGGCAGAAUAAGGUCAUGGAAGCUUGCGUCUUAGAGACUGCGGUCAUUGUGUUGCUGACGGUGCUCAUCAUUGCUGGGAAUUUAACGGUGAUCUUUGUGUUUCAUUGUGCCCCAUUGUUACACCACUACACCACUAGUUACUUCAUCCAGACUAUGGCCUAUGCGGAUCUGUUGGUGGGGCUAAGUUGCCUGGUUCCCACCCUUUCCCUGCUUCAUUACCCAGCUGGUGUCCAAGAACCACUCACCUGUCAGGUGUUCAGCUACGUCAUCUCUGUACUCAAGAGCGUUUCGAUGGCUUGUUUGGCUUGCAUUAGUGUGGACCGCUAUCUGGCUAUUACUAAGCCCCUCUCCUACAACCAGCUGGUAACACCCUGCCGCCUUCGCUGCUGCAUCGUUCUCAUAUGGAUCUACUCUUGCGUGGUGUUUCUCCCGUCUUUCUUCGGCUGGGGUAAGCCGGGGUACCAUGGGGAUAUUUUUGAAUGGUGUGCCCACUCUUGGCCCACAUCUGCACUCUUCACUGGCUUUGUUGUAUGCCUGCUGUACGCCCCUGCGGCCCUGGUGGUCUGUUUCACCUACUUCCACAUCUUCCGCAUCUGCCAGCAGCAUAACCGAGAGAUCAGCGAGCGACGGGCACGCUUUCCCAGCCAGGAGAUGGAAACUGCCGAAGGGGGCAACCACGCAGGCCACGGGCCAGACCGGAGGUACGCCAUGGUGCUCUUUCGGAUCACCAGUGUUUUCUACAUGCUUUGGCUCCCCUACAUUUUCUAUUUCCUUCUGGAGAGCUCCCAUGUGCUGGACAGCCCUGCCCUCUCCUUUGUGACCACCUGGCUAGCAAUUAGCAACAGCUUCUGCAACUGCGUAAUUUAUAGCCUGUCCAACAGCGUAUUCCGGCUGGGGAUGCGUAGACUCUCACAGACGCUCUGCUCCUCCUGCUCUUUCAGCCCCUGCACUCAUGAUGACAAGGACUUUGGAGAGCCAAAGCCAAGAAAGAGAGCCAACUCCUGCUCCAUCUGAAGAUCUUGAAGGGUUGCUU